CGCGUAAACCGUAUCCCUUCAUUCAUUGUCAGCAGCAGCUUCCUGGAGCCAUUUUUCAGCUGCCGGCCGCAGCACCCGGGCUGCCGCCGCCGCUCAAUCCGUUGCAUCGGCUGCCCCCGACGCCUCCAUCCCCCCUCGGGGCCUGAUAUCCUUGCGGCCGGGACCCUCCUCUCUCCAGAGCCCCGAUUAUUUUUGGCUCCCGGGGCUUGUGCGGUGCGGAAAAAUAAAAAGAAAAGAGAGAGAGGGGGCUCGGAAGCGUCGGGCGGGGAGGAGAGAAAGAGAGACUUGGAAACUCCGACUGCAAAUAAUAAAGAAAUUGAAAGCAAUACGUUAAUAUUCCAUAACACUAAAAAGAGCAGGAGCGAGAGAUGAGAAAGGGGAUCCAGCCCGCCCUGGAGCAGUAUCUGGUGACCGCCGGGGGUGGGGAGGGGGCGGCUGUCGUCGCCGCCGCCGCUGCAGCCUCCAUGGACAAAAGGGCACUGCUAGCCAGCCCCGGCUUCGCCGCCGCCGCUGCCGCCGCCCCGGGCGCAUACAUCCAGAUCCUCACCACGAACACUUCCACCACCUCCUGUUCCUCCUCCCUCCAAAGUGGCACGGUCGCCGCCGGCCCCCUACUCCCCAGUGCCCCCGGCGCGGAGCAGACCGCCGGCAGCCUCCUCUACACCACGCCGCACGGACCCUCCAGCAGAGCCGGGUUGCUGCAGCAGCCACCAGCGCUAGGACGCGGCGGCGGCGGCGGCCCUCCGGCGAAGCGAAGGCUGGAGCUGGGAGACAGCGGCCAUCAGUACCUCUCAGAUGGUUUAAAAACCCCCAAGGGCAAAGGAAGAGCCGCGCUGCGAAGUCCAGACAGUCCAAAAACUCCAAAAUCUCCCUCAGAAAAAACGCGGUAUGAUACGUCCCUGGGUCUGCUCACCAAGAAGUUCAUUCAGCUGCUGAGCCAGUCGCCGGACGGGGUCCUGGACCUGAACAAGGCAGCGGAGGUGCUGAAGGUCCAGAAGAGGAGGAUCUACGACAUCACCAACGUGCUGGAGGGCAUCCACCUCAUCAAGAAGAAGUCCAAGAACAACGUGCAGUGGAUGGGCUGCAGUCUGUCUGAGGACGGGGGCAUGCUGGCCCAGUGUCAAGGCCUGUCCAAAGAAGUGACCGAGCUCAGUCAGGAAGAGAAGAAAUUAGAUGAACUGAUCCAAAGCUGCACCCUGGACCUCAAACUGUUAACCGAGGAUUCAGAGAAUCAAAGGUUAGCUUAUGUUACAUAUCAAGAUAUUCGAAAAAUUAGUGGCCUUAAAGACCAAACUGUUAUAGUUGUGAAAGCCCCUCCAGAAACAAGACUUGAAGUGCCUGAUUCAAUAGAGAGCCUACAAAUACAUUUGGCAAGUACCCAAGGACCCAUUGAGGUUUACUUGUGUCCAGAAGAGACUGAGACCCACAGUCCAAUGAAAGCAAACAACCAAGACCACAAUGGGAAUAUCCCCAAACCCACUUCCAAAGACUUGGCUUCAAACAACUCAGGACAUAGCGAUUGCUCGGUUUCUAUGGCAAACCUCUCUCCCCUGGCCUCCCCCGCCAACCUCUUACAGCAGACUGAGGACCAAAUUCCUUCCAACCUGGAAGGGCCCUUUGUGAACUUGCUGCCCCCCCUGCUCCAGGAGGACUACCUGCUGAGCCUGGGCGAGGAAGAAGGCAUCAGCGAUCUCUUCGACGCUUACGAUUUGGAAAAGCUCCCGCUGGUGGAAGACUUCAUGUGUAGUUGAUCCUGCUUUGUGUGAACUCUCCUGAUAAACGGAUAUUUUUUUAUCAUGGAACCAGAGCGUCUGUCAUGCAGUGUUGACCCUUCCCACCUUCUUCCUCUAAGAGAGUACCAUGAAGUAAACUACAAACUUCGGAACAAAGCUGACAUUUUAAUGAAUUUUUUUCUUAAUUGUCUAAGCGCACAGUUGCAGGCUCCCUUGGGAAAGCCCUGCCUUGUCCCAGGCUCCAAAAUCUCCUGGACGAGUCAACAAGUGAGAAAAUGUGCAAUCAGGUGUCUCUCACCUGUCCUCUUCCUCUCCCCGUCCCUCUGCCCCCCCCCCAUUGGCUUGCUGUGCCUGACGGAUGGGCUGUAGAAUGGGGUCUGGCCACCUGGCCCGCUGGGAAACAGCAAUCUUCCUUAACAGCAUUUCAAGCCGUGCCUUCUCUGCAGAAUGCAUGUCUUUGGGGUCUGCUAAUCUGGAAUGGAACUGCAGCCAAUGCAAACUUGAAGUUAUGCAAAAGUAUGAAAUGGAUUUCUUCAGCUCUUCUUAGGAAUAUUUAAAUUACUGUCAUAAUUCAGUUUAAGCUAUGGACUGUGUGUCCCACCAGGAGGUCGCGAGAUCCUCCGCAGCCUCUCGGAUGAAGAACCUGUUCUCAGAGUACUUGAUGCAGACACAGAAGCUCUUGGAGCUCUGGCGCUCGAAGCUGCUGUGGGUUUUCCUGCCUCCACACACCACUCCCAGCCCCGUCCCCAGCGUAUUGUGAGUUUCCAGUUGAUUUGUAGCAGAUGCCUACUUAGGUGUUCUUUGUGGAUCGUUCUAGACUUUCAAUCUUUUCUAGCUGCCACUGAAGCAUCCCUGUGGCUGCCAUCACCGUUCAGUUUAAGUGUUUACUUUGAAGCAGGUUUUGCAAAUUCGUGUUUCUUUAGCAGAGGGAGAGAACCUCGUGAGCCUGUGUGACCUGAGGUCCACCAGCCUCUGCAGGAAGCAGUGUCCCAUCUGGCUUCCUUUCCCAGGAGGGGAGCCCUGGAGCUGGCUGACAUGCGAAGCUGUGGGGCAGGACAGCAGGUCCGACGACGAAGCAGUCCCAGGGAGCAGCAGGCAGGGACCCCUCCGUCCUUGGGCUUCCCGGGCCCCUGUGCCCGGGGAAAGGGCUCUUAGCCACACUCAGGGAGACCACUUCUCAGGGUGGGGUCAGAUGGAGAGGCCUCGGGGAGGGGGCGGGGGAGGCGUCCCGGGAGCGGCCUUCUGCAGGGCCCUUCCGUCAGCUGGUGAGACGGGCCCCGCUGUCGGGUGGAUGGUCCUGGCCGGACCCGCGCCCCUUCUCCAUGAAGGAGUGAGCUGGAUGAAGGGGCGCCGGAGGGUGGGGAACCCGGCGCUGGAGGCCAGGGCGUCCCCUCUACUCCUCAGGAAUGGUGUCCCCAUCACAGGCCUCCUGUCACUGCACAUCCUCCCCGUCAUGGACGUCCCAGAUGGCCUUCCUGGGGACAGGUGGCCGCGGCCGCCCUGUCCUGGGAGUGUGGCACAGUACCUCAAGUCCAUCCUUGGACGCAAGGGCUGCGGAAAUGAGGGGUCUUGGGAAAUAAACCUCCCAGCCAACAGCUGAAUGGAGACGCCGUGUGCCCGGCCCGCCCGUGGGCACACGGUGGGCACUCGACGCAUCCAGCCGAAUCGAAAAUGUCCCUUAGGAAAACCUUUUCCAAAACCACAAGAACCCCGGCCAGUUUACUCUAGGUAGAUUUCCCCAAUAUGCAAAGUGGUGGUGGGGUCGAGACAGACGACACCAGCACUUUAAGCUCUGUGUGUGGGUAUGCGUGGUGUGUGCUUGGGAAGGAAAACCAAGGUGCAGACUCUCUUCCUCUCUCCUCCUCAGCCUCCAUCCCCGGCCUCCCUCACACACACUGGACUUGGUACGGAACAGCCGUGUGGUCCGAGAUGCAGCAUGGGGUGGAGGAGGGCGGGGACUCUGUGUUAAGUGCCUACUGGAAAUGCACUGUGGGGAUUUUCCUGUGCGGGAAACCGUUGAUGCCAAGCGUUCCCCAUUUCCCGUGUCUGUGUCCUCCGGUUAGCUGCCUCUGCCUCCGGCUUUGUGUGAUUCUCCUCGCCAGCUGCACAGAGCUGAUCUUUUUUCCCCAAAGUCUAAAGACUGAGCUCCCCCGGCUGGGUUGUUGUGUGUUUUGUUGACUUUCUCGUUGAACCUCUUCUUAAUGUAAUGCCGUAUUUAUUGUUUAAAAAAAAAAAAUGAAAGGAAUACUAAUAAGUCUUAAAAGUUCCUUCGUGCAUAAGAUUUUUCCCAGUUAUGGGCCUUGCCUGGUGUACGUUCAUGAGACGUCCAUCCUGUCUUUCUGUUUGCAUUAACCCCUUUCUUUUCACCUAGUAUCUGGCACACAAAGUGGGUUGGUACUACAGUGUUUGUGUUCCUUUUAAGUACUGAGUAUGCAGGUUUCCUGGUACCAUUGAGUUGCUGCUACUAAAGCUCACACACGAAAUGGCUAAGAGUUGCGAGUGCGGAUUAUGACUGCGUGAGCCUUAGAAACUAGAGUGUACAGCGGGCGACACAUGAGCUGUCAAACAGUGUUAGGCGUGUGUUCAUAUGUACAGACUUGUGCAUAGCGAUCGCUUUAUUUAAGUGGACAUGUAGUCGACUCACCUUUUUCAUUAUUUAGCAAUUUUGUACAAAAAAAAAAAAUAGCAAUUAAUUUGUAAACACUGCCAGAAUAUUUUCUAGCUGGUUUGUAAUUUUUUAAGAGUGUGACCUUUUUUUUCGUUUUUCGUUGUGGUUCUCGUUUUCGUUUUUGUCGUCCGUGUAGAUCUGUAAAUAGAACCGCAGUAUUUAAGGCUUUAGCUUUCAGGAAAGAGGAGGCAAGACCUCUGCGUGCCUGGCGGGCCGAGUGGGCAGGAAAGGGCCUGGCGGAGCCGGUCAGAUGGCACGCGUCAGGGUGAGGGGGCUUCUUCCUAUGGGGUACGCGAUUUUGUCAAAAAAGGAAGUAUUUCUCCCAAGAUUGGGAGUAGGCAACCUACUAAUCAGUUUAGCUUUGUGUUGUACCCUAGUUUAAAAAAGAAAGUAUGUAAUAUAAUAAUGUAAAAAAAAAAAAGGAAAAAACCAAACAACAACAACAACAAAAAAGCUUUUAUGAUGGAUUUUGUAAAUAGAUUUGUUACAGGGCGACCUGUUCUCUAGCUGUGAUCUUACCACUUCAAAUGGAUGUAAUUUGAAUAAAUUUUGUAUGGUAAAGGAUCAAUAAAAUGAUUUUUUUUAAGAGUU